AUGGCAAGCAUAAUUUUUGGCAAAGAUCGUGCAACGGGCGAGUAUGCCAAAGAUUUAAAAGAGAUGGUUGGGGGUGAUGAUGCAGGAGUUCAGGUGCAUGAUACUGAGGAUGCCGUAGACACUGACAUAAAUAUGGCAAACACUGGAAUGUCUAAAAGCACGCCUCAACAUGGUGUGGUUGGACAGGGGGACACACCCACAAGCCGUAAAUAA